AUGACAAGAGCUAAUAAAGAUGAAUUUAGCUCAGACGAAGAAUUAGUGAAAUUGAUUGAUUUGUCACCAAAAGGUAAAUUUCAUUAUUUCAUCAGCAAAUUUUUUAAAAGAUUUUAUUAUUAUUGUCUUUAAUCUUUAUUGGGGUCCACUAAAGUAUAUGUACAAAGUCUAAUUAUAUAGUCAAUUAUUCAGAGACCCUAAAUGGGCGAGGCCCAAACGGGACUCGAAGAACGGGAUUUGAAACAUGAGGCAACUUUGACGAGUGAGCCACUGAAAAGUCUUGAAAAUUAUUUUUCUUGAAAAAUAUUUCACAUUUUACUAGGCCCAGUGUACUACCAGUGUAAAGAUAUUUUACUCGGUGAAGGAGGAUAUGGAAAAGUGUUUAAAGGUUUUGCAGUCACUGCAGGGAAGAAGCCGAGAAUUCAGCCUGUAAGUUGGAACCUUGAAACCAUAAAAUCAGUAUAAAUUUAGAUAAAACGUACACUUUAAAGGCAUCAGCUAGCGGACCAGAAUUCAUUCUGACACAUGGCAUUAAUAUUUAUUUUUCUCACUUUUAAUUUACAGGUUGCUAUUAAAACUGGGUAUCUGAGUGAUAUCACAGACUAUUACCAAGUAAGAUGUUAUGUCCAAGGAAACAAGCCUCUUAGUCUUUCAUUGCCAGAUUCAACUCGCAAGCUUGCUUAAGAGUGCUUUCAACCAAUCACAAUGCUCGACAGUUUAUUUCAACCAAUCACAAUGCUCGACAGUUUAUUUCAACCAAUCACAAUACUCGACAGUUUAUUUCAACCAAUCACAAUGCUCGACAGUUUAUUUCAACCAAUCACAAUACUCGACAGUUUCAGUUUGAUGCAAGCACUCGCAGCUAGCUUGCAGGCAAAUUUAUAAGUGGCCUCCUCCCCCCUCCCCAACAAUUUUGGGGAGAAAUAUUAAUUAGCGAUGGUCGGGCAAACUAAUACUGUGCCCUCCCCCCCCCAAAAAAAAAGAUUAGGCCCAUACGCCCAUGUAUAAAAUAUUCCAGAUAAAUACUUUAUGUUCUUUUUCACAGCCACGUACGGGCGAAUAGUUUUGCCUCCGCACUGCAAAAGUUAAUUAAUCCGGCACUGUUAAUUUUAUAUAUUUUCCAGAAUACAAGACUAUUAUAUAGACUACAGUGAAAAGAUUAACAUUUAAUUAUAUAGUAUUGAAAGUCACCAAAUGACCAAGAAACCCCAAGUUCAUCCGCGUUAGUUAAUUUAUCGUUCAAAUUUGAUAUUUAUAAUUGCACUUUCAGGAUAAAAAUUUGGAUGUAGUCCCAAGAGAAGUUUACAUUCUAAAACACCUUCCAAAGCAUCCGUGCGCCAUACGACUUUUACACUGCGAGAAAAUGUCGCCAAGCAAAUAUGUCAUAAUAAUGGAUAGACCUCCAAGAUCCAAAAACCUCCACAGCCUUCAAGGGGAAAGAUUUUUCCCGUUUACUGAGCAGAAAACCAAAAAGAUUGUCAAGGAUUUGGGAGGUCUUUUGCUAAAGAUGGAGGGAAUAAGAAUGAUCCACGGAGAUAUUAAACCAAGAAAUGUUAUAUAUGAUCUUGAGCAUGGGACAUGCAAACUUGUGGAUUUUGGUUUAUCACGAUAUUUUCAGAAAGGAGAACUUUUUGAUCAAUUUGAAGGUAGGUAUAUGAUCCGGUGGAUUACGCCGUGGAUCAUAUAUUACAUGCAAUGAUUAAUAAUUUCAGUUUUUCACAAUAUUUGCAGGAACACAAACCUUCAUGCCUCCAGAAUUUCUGAUCAGCGGUCAGUAUGACCCACGUGACGAGACCGUGUGGAGACUGGGAAUAAUGACGUACUACAUGUUGACAGGUUGUAGACCUUACGAAGAUGCCCAGCAAGCCUUGCUACAACGUUAUGGUGAACCUACGCAUUUGAAACACUUUUCAACAGGUACGGACGUAGUAAAUGCGGACAUUGAAAAACGGAUAUAGCAAACGCGGACUUUUGGUGCUAACGAAUGAGGGUCGAUCACAAUAGGUUUGCGGGACAUCGAAUUUAUUUGCAGCGGACAACAAGAUGCAUGCUAGUUACGCUCGCGGGUAGCCUGGCAGGAUUUGAUAAUCGGGGAGACAAUUUGAGAAGCCAACAGUGGAGCCAACCUCGUUCCCAGGCUCUUUAGCCUGCAUUUUCGAGUUGCCACCACAACAUGAGUUUGACUAUAUCAGCAGUCUCUUCCUCUUGUUCAUAUGUAAUGUAGCUUACAAGUUGCUAGUGAUGAGAAAAAUAUGUUUAUUUGUAGAUGCGAGAGAUCUUCUGGAAAGAAUGUUGACCGUGAAUCCUAAGAAGCGGCCAAGAUUAAAAGACGUCUUAAAACAUCCAUGGUAAAAUUCUCUACUCCAUUUGUAACCCGAAACCUGGCGAUAUCGAAAAUGUUUUAAUUUUUUAUACUUUUUUUCGUUUUAGGAUAACUGGCAGACGUCUUAAGAUGCUUCGGUCCUUCUCCCAAUGGAAAGCAAAGAAGACGUGA